AUGGGGAAAAUAAAGCAAGAACCAGUUGAUGCCGAUGAACAGGCCGAUGUUUCUAUAAAGACGGAGCCACAAAGUUAUGACGAAAAAGUUGACCAUUGCAGUGUAAUUGCCAAGCCAAUGGCAACGAAGAAAUUAACUAAAAAGAUAUACAAGCUGAUAAAAAAGUCUAGCUCUCACAAAAAUUAUAUUAGAAAUGGGUUAAAAAUUGUUCAGAAGCAAUUGAGAUUGGGUGAAAAAGGAAUUGUAGUGUUUGCUGGUGAUAUAUCGCCGAUUGAAAUUAUGUGUCACUUACCUGCAGUGUGUGAGGAAAAAGAUGUUCCAUACUGCUACACUCCUAGCCGUAAAGAUAUAGGCUCGGCCAUGGGAACAAUGAGAGGUUGUAUAAUGGUUCUGAUCAAAGAACAUGAAGAUUAUAAGGAUUUAUUUGAUGAAAUCAAAGGCGAAAUCAAGUUGCUGGGUCAUCCAUUAUAG